AUGGCCUCACAGCCCACGCCGGCGUGGGUGCUGCUGCUCAGCCUGCUGGCCGGCUGCCUGCCCGCCGUGCAGCCCAGGGACUUCACCGUGAAGGACAUCGUCUACCUCCACCCUUCCACCACGCCGUAUCCUCACGGAUUUAAGUGUUUCACCUGCGAAAAGGCAGCAGAUAAUUACGAAUGCAACCGAUGGGCUCCGGAUGUCUAUUGCCCAAGAGGUACAAGAUACUGCUUUAGCCAGCACAUAAUGAAAGUUACUGGAGAAAGCGUAUCCGUCACCAAGCGCUGCGUGCCGUUAGAGGACUGCCUGUCUACGGGAUGCACCUAUGUAAAGCAUGAAGAAUACAAGAUCUGCACCUCCUGCUGCGAAGGAAGCAUCUGCAACUUGCCCCUGCCACGGAACACAACAAGCGCCGUCUUUACAACCCUCUCCCCCCUCAACAAAACACCGAGACUUUCCCGUCCCGCCCUGCUGACGACGGCGUGUCUCUGGCUGGGGUUGAUGUCACAGCGCUGGGUGACGCUGUCACGCGUGGCGGGGCCGGACAGCUGAGCUGGGUGAGAACAUGGCCGUGAACGUUCAACCUCCCCCUACGGAGCCUGCGCUUCGGAGUUGUCUUUGAAAGACUGAUUUUAUCCUCCUCAUUUCUUCUCCAUGAUGAACUAGCGAGCCUGGGAUGCGUUUGGAGGGGGUAAAACCAUCACACGUUCCCCUACUGUUUUGUGAAGAAACUCACGCAAAAGGUUCCCGGAAUCCAUGGCUGAGACCGAUGCAUACGCUUUUCUUAAUGUCUGUCUUUUCUCUGUGAAGAAACGUUAUUUAAAACUACUCUAUCACUGCCAGCUGCUACUAUCAUCACUUACUCCUUUGAAACCUGUUACACUUUGCCAGAGCACUAACUCCGGUCUCUCGUUAACCUGCUUAGAGAACAUAUGGUACAUCAUAUAGAGUCAGUAUGUCUUUGCAGUCUCCCCAUGUCUCCUGCUCCUCUGGGAGAGGGCAGGAGCUUGCAGCAAGGCAGCGGGAGCUGGAAGGGAUGAGGUGAAGGGAGCAGCUUGGAUCAGGCCGGCGUCGCAUGCAGAUGCUUCCCUCGAGGUUGUCCACCAGCAGCGUGGAGAGCCACCCCCGUAACAACACUGGGAUGUACAGAAAAUCACUUGGUUUAUAAACCAAACCAGAAAAAUGCUAAAACCUCUGUUGUUGAAUAUCAUUAGAGGGUGUGCGGUCCAUGACCCUCUCCUGAGAGGAGGAAGGUGAACGAAGAGCCGGUGGGUGUCCAGGUAGAGAUGCUGGUGCCUGCCGAGACGGGUUUUGGGGCCUUUUCGUAUUUUGGCACCCAGUCCUACAGCAUGAGAGCGAGCUGAUCCUGAAUAGCUUCUGUUAUUUUAUUUAAUGCACUCCCACU